AUCGUCGGUGCGGUUGUCUAGUCGCGUGUGCUCCGCAAAAAUUCACCUUUUUCGUUGUGAAAUUCGGUUAAAGGUGUAGCAAACAUGGGUGCAAACGUGACAUGAAGAUUACUGUAUACGGAAGAGAAAGUUUAUUCUGUGAAUUGCUGUGAAAACAAAGCUGAACUUUAACGUUUUUUUCUUGGUAGCACAAAACUGUGCUGAAAACAGUGAAGAUUUCUGUUGUGAAGUUCGUCUGCUGGAGCUCACGGAGGAAAACGCGCUAGUGUGAGUGCGCGAGGUGCCGCUUUACGUCUUUCGUCAGUAUUCCGAUUCGCAUACAAACGUACGACGUGUUUAACGUAUAAACUGGUUGCUCGUCCGUCGGGUGCGGAGGGUUUUUAAUCGUUCAUCGCUCGCUCAUACGAGCAGCAGAAGUUGAGUAAUGGCGGAUGUGUUUAGUGGUUAGUGCUGAAAAAUGACAUUUUUGGAAGGAUUUCGCUAGUGAAACAAGUUUGUGUUGCUACAGAAUGGAUGAACAAAGUGCACAGAACAGGAAUAUACUUAUUCCAGAAUUAUAUUUCUUGAUUUGCAAGUUUUUGGACGAUGGGCCCUUGCGGGAAACGGCCAAGGUAUUGGCCCGUGAAUUGGAGCAUUUAAAUAUUUUACCGCGGCGCCUGGAUUGGACCGGACAGGAGCAUCACCAAUCGUUGGAGGAGUUGAAGAGAAAAUAUCCCCACGUAGGCCCGCAACAUCUACUGGAACUAUGCUCCCGCAUUGGACCAAUCCUGGACAAGGAGCUGGCGCCGGCCGUCCCAGGUGUCCUAUCGCUGCUGGGUGCCGGACGUCAAAGUGUACUCCGGACAAAGGAAAGCGUAACCCGUCCGCUCCAGCUGGUGGAUUACUGCACGCGGCUCCACCAUAUGCCACUGGCGGAUGCGAUCCACCGGAACAAUACCCACAACAUCGUGAAGGUAUUGUAUGGGCGACAAAGCGCUGGGCCCAUAGUACGCAGCUUGGCCAUACCUACCUCAUUCUACUCGAAGCAGACUUUGCAGCGGCAGACGCUGGGUCAUCUGUCGGCCGUGUAUUGUGUGCUGUUCGAUCGAACCGGCAAGUACAUCAUCACGGGAGCCGAUGAUCUGCUGGUGAAACUGUGGAGUGCAAUCGAUGGCAGACUGCUGGCAACGUUCCGGGGAGCGUCUGCCGAAAUUACUGACAUUGCAAUCAAUUUAGAUAACACGAUGCUGGCAGCGGGAUCACUGGAUCGAAUACUGCGUGUGUGGGAUCUGCAACAUGGUGGUCCGAUUGCGGUUUUAUCUGGACACACGGGAAUGAUUACGUCGGUAAACUUCUGCCCUUCACCCAAAGCGGAUUUGCGCUACUUGGUGACUACCAGUACGGAUGGAUCUGUAGCAUUUUGGGAGUACAGCACCCGCAGCGGAAAAGCUUCGUUCAAUGCUAAACCCGUUAUGUAUCAUGAAAAAUUACGACCAGGCCAGGCGCAGAUGAUCUGCGCCUCAUUCUCUCCCGGAGGUAUCUUUCUAGCAGCUGGAUCGGCAGAUCAUCACGUUCGGGUGUAUUUGAUGGGAGAGGAUGGACCCAAGCGCAUUCUUGAAACCGAAUCCCACUCGGAUACGGUUGAUUCAAUACAGUGGGCCCACAAUGGGUUGAAGUUUAUUUCCGGCAGUAAGGACGGAACGGCAUUGAUCUGGCACUUCGAGACACAACAAUGGAAAUCGACACGGUUGGUAAUGACGGAGCGACUGCCGAGCUGUCCGGCGCCUUCGCCGGAGGAAAACGGCAAACCAAAAGUUACAAUGGUUUCGUGGGAUAAUACGGACGAUUGGGUGAUUACGGCGGUGAAUGAUUUCACCAUCAAGAUUUGGAAUGCUCGUUCGGGCAAAUUGCACAAAGUGCUUCGUGGGCAUACGAAUGAAAUUUACGUUCUGGAAUCACACCAGAAAGAUUCAGGCGUACUGCUGUCGGCUGGUCACGAUGGACAGCUCUUCAUAUGGGACAUUGUUCAAGGCGUAUCGCUUGCUAAUUUCCUUAAUCACAUCGAGGGUCAAGGUGAUGGGGGAAUUUUCGAUGCCAAGUGGUCACCGGAUGGAAACAUGAUCGCUGCCACUGACUCGCAUGGUCACAUUCUGAUGUUCGGCUAUGGUUCUGGACACGAGCGUUUAAAGCAACUACCCAAGGAGCUAUUUUUCCACACCGAUUAUCGGCCAUUGAUUCGCGAUGUGUCCCACCACGUGAUGGACGAACAAACUCAAACUAUGCCCCAUCUGAUGCCGCCUCCGUUUUUGGUUGAUAUCGAUGGUAAUCCCUAUCCACCGGCAAUGCAGCGGUUAGUUCCGGGACGAGAAAACUGCCCUACAGAUCAGUUAAUUCCAAACAUCGGGGUUGGAGCCGAACCGGAAGUAGCUCAAGAAGGCGCCUAUUCAAACAUUGAUCGAAUGAUUGAAGCGUUGGCCAAUCGACAAGCACCAGCCGAUGAUGCUAAUCAAGCUCCAGACUCGAACAAUGAUCGGGACAAUCGUAAUCGCAACGGACUGCAAGAAGGUCAAUUCAAUGAUCCUAACCGGCCGAUCGGUCUUUCACAGCAAGGUUUCCAGCGCUUCAGCGCAGGCAAUUGGCAUCGAGAAGGGGGUUACAAGUUCCAUCGACGUCAAUACGUGCGUCCCAUGAAUCAUUCCAAUCUGCAAUAUCUCAAGCAGAAGAUUUAUGCUGCUGGACUUCAGGAACACGAACAGUACCGUCGAGAGAUGAGACGCCGCCCGCUGAUGAUUAAUACCUCGAACAAUAGCAGUACAAGUGGAACCCAAUCCAGUAGACGACCCGGGGGUCGUAAUAAUCCAAGCCAACAAGCAUCCCGAUCUGCUCAUCCGAACGGAGAAGCUAAUGGAAGAGCUCAAUCAGCGUAUCGAACACGGGCAGUUCGUGAGAAUAUAUCCGAGCCAGAAGCACCCGAGCAACCGGAAUCUUCCUCGUCCGAAUCGAGCAACAGUGACGAUUCAACUGCCAUUGAGGAAGAACUGGAUCUGUCCGCAUCGUCCAGCUCAGAUUCGGAAAGCUCUGACUAUUCCGACUGGGUAUCACACGAACCGGGACGUAACCUGGAACCACCGAAGCGUUCGAAGAGAAAGCACGUACAACGUAGAGCGUAUUCGCCGCCUGAGGUCGAACAACCUGGACCCAGUACGAGCACUACCAGAAGACCCAAAAUUCGCAAAAUCCCAAUCACACGGGAUGGAGAAAUCCCGGAACAGUUCCGUCCACCGGAAUGGUUAAGCGAGGUGAUUCCUCGCAAAGCACCCUACUAUCCUCAGAUGGGUGAUGAGGUUGUCUAUCUCCGGCAGGGUCAUGCUCGCUACUUGGAAGCCGUUCGUACGAAAAAUGUGUUCAAUCUUGGAAACAAAUGUGAACCUUGGGGGUCCAUCGAAUUACGAGAUCACGAGUUCUGUAAGGUGAUCGGAAUCAAGUACGAAAUACGCCCACCGCGAUUAUGCUGUCUGAAGUUGGCCAUCAUAAGCGAAGAUUCCGUGCCGACUGGCCGAUCGUUCGUAAUUAAGUACCACGACAUGCCGGACGUGUUGGAUUUUCUGGUUCUUAAGCAAACCUUCGAUACGUCUGUUCGUCGAAACUGGGGCCCAGGCGAUCGGUUCCGCUGUAUGAUCGAGGACGUUUGGUGGCUUGGUCAAAUCGAAUCUCACAAUCAACUGUCAGCGGAGUUUCCCGAUUCGUUGUUCAUGUGUUUCCGCGUUCGGUGGGAUAAUGGCGAGUAUGAAUUUAUGAGUCCGUGGGAUUUGGAACCGGUGGAUGAGAACAGGCUACCGGCCGAGGUUGGAGGAGCGGUUCCGGUGCUACCGGAAGAGCUGAGAGCAACGUUGUAUCAACCUAAGGCUGAGGAAUGGCCACGUGGUGAUCGGGAUGCGUCUUGCCGCCGGAUCAUUGCUGGAAUGGAACAGGUCAUGGGGCUGGCUAUCGCGGAUCUGUUUCUAGCACCGGUGGAUCUCAACAUUUACCCAGAGUACGCUUUCGUUGUGGAAUAUCCAAUCGAUCUGAACACGAUCAAAGCAAGGUUCGAGAAUCAUUUCUACCGGCGCAUAACCUCGGCACAAUUUGAUGUCCGUUACCUGGCUACCAACGCGGAGAAGUUCAACGAAAGUCACAGCAACAUUGUGAAGCACGCUCGUAUUAUCACCGAUUUGUGCUUGAGAAUAUUGGGUGACUUAAACAACGUGGACGUCCCAGCGGUGUAUCAUCAGCUUGUCGAUACGUACAUUUCGUCCGACUCGGAUAGUGAUUCAGGAAACCAACCGGGACCUUCCACUAGUAACAGCACCACUCGGCGACCUCCAGCCGGGUCCAGAAGAUCUCGCCGGCUAGUUCCUGAAGGCGAUUGGCGUGUUGAUUGUCGGGAAUUGUUGGAGAUGAUUUGGCAGUGCGAUGAUUCGGAACCCUUCCGUGAGCCGGUCGAUACAAUACAACAUCCCGACUAUUUGCAAAUCGUUGACACUCCAAUGGAUCUGCGCACGAUUAAGGAAGAUUUGCUGGGUGGAAACUACGAGUCGCCGUUGGAUUUCUGCAAGGACAUGAAACUGAUAUUCCAGAACUCACGCAAUUAUAACACCAACAAGCGUUCAAGGAUUUAUUCGAUGACCCUGAGGCUAAGUACAUUAUUCGAGGCUCACAUCAAACCUAUAAUCUACAACUGGAAGUCCGCUCGAAGGCGCGGUAAAGCGAAUGCAGCCAAGCGAAAGAGUGGUGGAGCGGGUAGUGGCGCUGGACCAAGUGGAUCAGGAGCGACAAAGAAUCGCCGAGCGGAUGACCGAGGUAGUCGCGGUGGAACCAGCGGUGCUUCAUCCAAUCGUCGUUCCAAUCAAAGUCACAAUACCACAGGUUCCGAUGAUGACAACGAUGGAGACAACAACGGCGGUGAAGGACCGAGGAAAAGGCCGACACGAAAUGGUACUGCUACUGCAGCGUUAUCUUCUGUCACUAGACGAGGCCAAGCGAGCAAUUCGAACGGGGUGUCGUCCAGUAGCAAUAAUACCGCUCACGUCAAUGCGCCUCAACCGGGACCGAGUAGAAGCCGAGCAGCAGUUGGGACAUCGGCAGGAUCUACUACUACUAGUCGGGUGACAAGAAGAUCUCAGGAAACAGAAGGAGAAGGCCGUGCUGUUAGCACUGAGGAAACGGAGAGCUCCAGUGAGUCCAGUGAUAGUGACAGUGAUGACAGCACUGGAGUACCGGUGUCUUAUCGAAGGAACUACGAUUCUGGUGAUAUCUAUGAUCCGUACAAAAGAAGAAGAAAGGCAAAACCUAAGAAGGACAAAAGAAAUCCUAGCAAAAGUGUAGUUAGUUCAUCAACAACUAAAAAGAAGCAACCAACAGCCAGUAUGCCCCGUUCGGAGAGCUCAAUUACGAACAGGAAUCAAUCAGCAUUGCGAUCGAGAAAUGCUAACUCAAACUCCCCCGGAGUAACCGGAUCCAGACUACUGGAGCGAGUAGUCGAUAUGCGAGAAGAACGUGAAGAGCGUAGGCCGCCGCCAGAAAGUGAUAAACCAAAGAAUACCACCAGUAGUACUGCCAGCAGUAGCAAACGAACGUUGCGAAGCGCUCGAAACAAUACCGCAAGCGAAAGUGAGGAUGAGGAUGACGCCGGAGAAGGACCUAGCAAUGGGCGAAGGCCUAUAAAAAGGCCACAGCGUUACGAAUCGGAUCACAGCUAUCACAUGGAACGACCAAAAGCUGCCCGGAUAGUUUCCGACUCGGAUCGCGAAGAAGAUUUCCCGCGAUCCACGCGUGGCAGCACUCGGCGGGCUCAAGCCGAGUGGGGCAGAAGUGAAGACAGUUUAGAUGUCCACGAGAACGACGAUGAACAACCGUCAAACUCGCAGCAACCCACUAGUAGGAAACGACCGCGCACUCGGAUAUCGGAUCCAGAACAGAGCCAGGAAGAGGUAACUAACAUUAGCAAACGUGUUCCACCGCAGCGAACAUCCAAUCGGACCAACCGGAAUUGGCUAGCCAGUGAAAGUGAUAACGAUCCGCACGGUCAGUUGCAAUCUCCCGAGCAACCAAGCACAAGUUCUGCUGGUCCUUCACGCUUACGCUCUAAUCGCUCAAACGGUGGUUCUCCUGCCAAGUCUCGAAAGCCUGAAAGCCGAACAGCCACGAAUCGCCGAACGCGAAAUGUUUCACUCAGUGAACCCUCCGUAACGCCUCCUCCGCAUACAGUUGAUCACAACUAUGGUGAACCAUCGUCUCGGAGGACACGCAAUCGGCAUCAACUAUCUCGGCACCAGCGAAACGCAGACGAAUUAGAUCAAACACCCGAUGAUCAUACGGAAGAAGCCAGCGAUGACGAUGUUCCGUUAAGGCCUCGAUCGGGCCAAAUAAGUUCUCGGUUGCGCAGUAAAACCAAUUCGCCGGAAAAACGGAAAAAGCCCAAAGCGGCUAGUUCCGAUGAAGAACAGCAGGAGGAUUCCGAUGAGGAAUUCGUUGGAGAAGCGGAAUCGGAUGAAGAGGAGGAUGCGUCUGCGGCCAGCACAGAUGACGACUCGGACGACAACACACCAUUGCAUAUAGUUUCAUCGCAACAGUCCCGAGGAAGCCGAUCGCAAACGGCAAGUAGAAGAAACCAGGCAAAACUGGCCCAGCUUAGCAAGAACGUUAGUAGUCGAACGCGGAAUAGAGAGCAUUUUUCGUCAGAGGAUGAAUAUGGGGGUCCUGGUCCAUCGACUUUGCGAAGCAGUAGGAAUGUGAAGCGACCCCGUUACAACGAAGAAAGUGAAGAAGACGAUCCGGUCACCCGACAGCGCCCUAGACGGUACGCAAUGUUUGGCAGUCAACCAACGGCGGCCAGCAGCAGCAGCAGUCAUGCUAACCAUGGACCGUCAUCCUCGUCCCACCGGUCCAACGGGGAUGGGGUGGCUGCAGCCGCCAGUAGUGGUGACGCUAGCGAUGGCCAUAGUGACGAGAACGAAGCUCUUACCAGUGUCAGCAGUCGCGGUCGGGUGCGUCGGAUCAAUCCGAAGGCACGGAAAAUUUUCCGAGAAUAGUAUCCCCGGCGGUUUCGCCCAUGUGUACAGUAUAUUAGCAGUCCCUGUAAAAUAAGCCCUGUUUCCUAGUUGUUUAAGCUAGAAUUGCGUUGUUAGAUGUUAACUCGUAUGUUACUACAAAAAACGAACUUCGUCUCAACAGUGUGCUUCGAUACUGCCACUUUUUUCACAAUUUUUGUUUAUUAUUAUUUCUUUGAAAAAAAUUGAAAACAAAUCAUGUGCAUUUGCACUUCUGAAUUAUAAUAGUCAUCAAUGCCGGGAACUGCAUUCAAAGAGAAAGCAUACGAUUUUCGAUCGUCGUUCUUUGCCUAUUAGAGGAGAAUCUUUCGACAGCGGUCUAGUCUUCGUGAAACACAAAAAAACUGAGGACUUUAGUUAUAGAAAAAGACUGAUCGAAUUUUUUCGGCACGCAUUUGGUAUUUUGAACAACUUUCCUACCACUCGACAAAUAAGAAAUGCAAUCCGAGAACCGACUGGGCAGUCGAUCUAGUAGCAGACGGCACGCGUUACUGAAAUAACUUUUUUUUUUUACUUUUGCAAUCGCGCUAGGUUUGCAUAUGCGGAAUACAAAAACAAAAACAAAAACACACACACAUCGUGAUUCAUUACUACCAGAGAGAUAAGGCGAAACAAACAGAUUUAGAAAUCGCUACCGUUUAAGUUAGAGUGUAAGCACAGCGGAGAAAAGUUAGAUAAUAACCAUCAGAAAUGAUCUAAA